CUCCCACCGCCUUGCGCGCUCCCGCCGCCGCUGCCCUCCGUCCGGCCCCAGUGGGGGGUAAGAGCGGGGCCGGGUCGCUCCGCGCCUGCGCAGCGGCGGGGUCUCGCUACGCAAAGUGCGCAGCUGCCGGCGUAACGCGGGGCGCAGAUGGAGCCUCCCCCCGGCGCUGCAGAGAAUUCUAAGCUGAGACAUGUAGAAAAAGAUGUCUUGAUUCCAGUAAUAAUGAGAGACCGAGCCAAGGAGCUUUGUUCAGAUAAAGUGCAAGCGUUUACUAAAUGCUGUAAAGAAACCGGUUUUCUCAUGGUAGUGAAGUGUCGGAAAGAGAACACAGCACUGAAGGACUGCCUGGUUGGCUACUAUUCUGAUCCAUCAUUCUAUGAAGAAUGCAAAACAGAAUAUCUGAAGCAAAGAGAAGAAUACAGAGCAACUGGAAUUAAGAAAAAGAAACAGAAGAUUACUUCAAAUAUAUAAUUAAAAUUAAAAAUGAACUUUCCAAAUUUUAUAUCCAACUUAACUUGAUUUAAACAUUUCUUAUAAAUCAUCAGUACUCGUCUGUGUGGAAUUUAGCUGAAAUUCCCUAAAUGAGAUGUAAAUAAAAUCUCUGAACGUGCAAGGUC